CGCUCAUCUCAUCUCGCUCAAGAUCUGAACCGAGGGGCUUCUUAUCUUUCUUCUUCUCAAGAAGCCAUCAAGGGUUUGUCAAUAUGUCUGGCCGUGGAAAGGGUGGAAAGGGGCUCGGCAAAGGAGGAGCGAAGCGUCAUCGGAAGGUGCUCCGCGACAACAUCCAGGGCAUAACGAAGCCGGCCAUCCGCCGUCUUGCUCGCCGUGGUGGCGUGAAGCGCAUCAGUGGCCUAAUCUACGAGGAAACUCGUGGGGUGCUCAAGAUCUUUCUUGAGAAUGUCAUCCGCGAUGCUGUAACCUAUACUGAGCACGCUCGCCGGAAGACUGUUACUGCCAUGGACGUUGUGUACGCCCUCAAGCGCCAGGGGCGAACUCUCUACGGAUUUGGAGGCUGAUCCCCCUUCACUUGAUUCGUGUUGAUCGUUUUCAUUUUAUGCAGAGAGCUGUCUUGAUAAGAGAGGGUUGGUCAAGUGUUGAAAUUAGGGUUUGAUGCUAUUAGAUAGUUAUCCUUUUUUUUAAUAUAUUUCUUCUGUUGUAUCGGAUGUUUGAUUGAGUUGUUUAAUUUAAAUCAUAGACCCAGUUCUUCUGCUGGAAACAAUUGAUCGUUGACUUCUCAUUCUAUAUCUGGAUGUUUAGCUUGUACUGACUGCGUAAUAUUGUUCAUUCUAAGCUUAA